AAAAGAUUGCAACAGGAUGGCAGUGCGCGCGCCAAGCCGAGGCGGCGACGAGGAAAGGGCGUUUGACGCGGAAUUGAUCCUGUUUGUCCCGGAAGAGGAACGAGUUGCAGUCAUGGUGGAAGCAUGCUCAAAGCAUAGUCGGUCCUUUGUGGCACACGUUUAUCGUCCGUUCCUCUCGUAUGCACUACAACACCCUCAUGCGACGUCGCUCCCUGCACUCUUGCGACGAUUCCUGGAAGAAGUGGAUCUUGCGAAGCGAGUCAGUAUGAUUCGAAUUGGAUGGGAAGAGCUGGAAAAAGUACUGGCGGCAAACCACGACAACAAUACAGUGUGCGUCGUAGCUCUGGAAUCCUUUCUCGCCACUUGUCCCAUGCAAGUUGAAAGCAUGGUUGACUUUAUUGAGCGGACAAUGACGUGCGAUCUGUCCAAGGACGUUCGCAAGCAAGUCAUGCAGAGUGUUUAUCGCUGCAACUUGAGCGACGAUGCAAAGCGAUGGUACUUUGUCCAAGCUAUGCAGCUGGAAUCGACGAGCCACCUGCGCGAGUUUGCUUUGGGAUACCUGCAAAAGAUGGACCUCUCCCAUGACGCCGCGCUGCACGCGAUUGUAAACCAAUUGCGAGACAAAUCGAAACGAAUGCACACGAUGGCGCUUUCCUUUCCUUGAAACCAUUUUCAAGGUCGAUCCCAAGACUCUGAUGGAUCACAUCGGUGUCACGUCCAUGGCGCAAUGCCUCGGACUCGUGUCGAACCUUGCCAACCCCAACGACGACAGCCAUCGCAUCGCCCUGGCGCGCAUGUGUACGUAUCUAGAUUCAUUCAUUCCAUCCAAC